GAGCCUGUAAGUCAGCAUUUCACUGUAAGGUCUACCUGUUGUAUUCAGCUCACGUGACAAAUAAACUUUAAUUUGAUAUGCUAGCCAGCAGAUAAAACAAGACAUUAGGGACAAUUGAACCAAAUAUCACAAAAUUACUGCAUCUAUAAAGACCUUAAAAACAGGUUCAUGAAGGUACACUGUAUUUAGAUGGAGACUCACAGAAGUAAUCUUCGUCUCUCAGCUCCUCUUCCUCAGUAGAGCUGACUCUGGCUCUGCUGCGAAGGUUCAAGUCCGCCUUCAUCACAAUAGUCAUGGCCUCAUAGAGAUAUAUAGUACCUAUAACCAGCAUGGCCAAGUGGUUCCUCUUCAUGUUUCUGUAGGCUUUUUCUCCCAUUCGGCCAAACUGGUCCAUUUGCUCUGGAAAAAUACACCAUCUCCUCACAGUCAUCCUAAGAGUUAGCACAAGACAGGUGUGCACACAGACACAAAGAGCAGGGCCUAAUUAACUUAAUAAGCACCAAGACAUCUGAGCACCAAGACAUCUGAAAACAAAUUGACGUUGGUGCUACAUGUUAAAGUUAGGCCUACUGUUGUCCACGUCAUCGCUAGAACUCACCUCUCCACUGGUGUAGCACGUGUUCGCCUAUCUGUCCUCCGCUGCCUAAUAAAGUCCAAACAAACGCAAGUUGAAGCUGGUAUUUUACCCGUUGCACUGAAUUGCUAAAAUCACGUAAAACAAAAAGCAUAGAUAGGCCUACUACUGUUGGUCUACCUCCCCAGCCCAGGCAAACAUUUGGGAUGUUUUUCUCCCCAACGUUCUGAGAGAUAUAGCCCACAUUUCUGUGGAUAAGGCCUAGGACUAGAAAACUCGUGCAAGCAGUAAGACAAUUCGAAUUGAAAGUUAUCGUUGACUGUCUUUCUAACACUGUAAUAACAUACGUUUUCUCAUAUGUUUGGGUGGUGGGUGCCAAGGGAUGGCCCAACAGAAGUUUUCUUAAUAUGUACUUUUCUUGGCAAUACAAUUGAGCCCUGCAGGUCAGUGACGUAAGCCUAGAUUAUGAUUUAACGUUUUCAUAACGGGCUCUAACCCCCAUCCUCUGGUGUAGGAUAGAUGUGGUUGUCCCUGGAAGCUGAUCUGAGGCCAGUUUGAAGUUAGAAUGAGCGGUUUAAAGUUAAAAUGAGAGGUUUGGUAAUCUGAUCCCACAUCAGCAGAAUCCACCCAGGGCGCCGUUAGAUACCCAUACAGUAACACAUCGCAUAUCGCAGGCUGUUGCGUUUUCUCGGAGGGAGUAGCACUACGCGUAACAGUAGCCAUUCUCCCCAACCUACCAGUCUCAGGGGUGUGAUGGAUAAAGCCUCGCCGACCACAGACAAUAUCUGCCCGUAUCGAUGUCUCUGUGUCCCUACCGACACCAUCUGGGACAUGCCAUGAGAAAUCAACUGGGUUAUUUCUCACGCCGUCUCAAUACAGGUGAAAGUGUGGAAACAAGGAAUAACGAAAAAGUAGGGUAACACGAGAGUUCGGUUAUAGCGCGAAUUGACUGCAAGCUGCUGGGUCGAACAGGGCAAAGGACUUGUGCUGUCGAAGUAAAGCAUCGGGCAACGGUGUAAUACAGUAGGCUAGUUAGUGCGCCAUUGACAAUCACACCAUCACACCGAAAGUGUUUAGGUGAAUAUCCCAAUCACAGGUUUGUGAAAUACCAGGAUACGGGUUUAUCUGGCAGGUACGUUUAAAAAAUAUAUAUUAUUACAAUAAUUGGUCCUGUGUUUCCCGCGGUGUGUGAUUACAUUAACUGUCACUAUUACUAGUUGUUAUUAACGCAUUUCCUAUAAUGUCACUGUAGCCGCUGUUAUGUUUAAGAAUACCUUGGCAUCACUGACCCAACUGUCUCAGUUAUGUCCUUAGAUGAGUGCCAGUAGUGUUUUCAGUUUAAUGGUAGUGUAGGUCUAGAUCCAGGAAACUAUUACAUCUGCAUAACGGCAUGGUUUGUGGGGUACAAUUAAUGUGAUAGGAAGGGAAGAACGCACAGAAACACUGUUUUGAACGCGUCCUUAAUUCAAAGGCAAAGUUGCAAGACUGUUGAAGACCAGUAGUGUUCCAGUAUGUCUGUGCUCAUGUCUCAACCGUUCUGACAAUGUUUACAUUGACCUGUGCUGUGCUGAUGAACUCAUGUCUCUCUUCCCAGGGGACUGUGAGGUGCGCAUCCACCCCUGACCUACAGGAUGCCAUCCUCCUGGUGCUGAUUUACACAGGAGACUGAUGUAGAUAUCAUGGAUGAAGAGAUCCAUGUUUUAUCUUCCAACUCAUCUUUCGGCAGGAGAUCCAACCAGAAGAGGUUUUGAGGCCGCCACCCCCAAGACCUCGCAGGACCCCGCCCCCUUCUCUACCUCCUUCCCCUCUCCACCUCUACCUGUCUCCUGAUGGUUUGAUGGAGACUUGUAACCAGUUUAAUGUCAGCAGGAACAGUAGUAAUAAGUGGAGGACUUCUCGCCACAGUCAUCCUGCUCUGCAUUGUAGCAGUGCUGUGCUACUGCAGGCUCCAGUACUACUGCUGUAAGAAACAUGAGUCGGAGGUGGACUUGGCUUCCGUGGCUGGAGGAGGUGACGGAACGGGAGGAAGAGAUGGAGAAGGGGAUGCUCAAGGGGAGGUUCAGGCUCACUUUGCCUGCAAAUCGUGCAGCGCCUCUGGGAUGGACAGCCUGGCUGUCACCCCUCUCUGCCUGGAGCCCCUGGAGGUGGGCCCUCCCCCCAGCUACUGCCCCACCUGCUCCCCCUUCUGGCUACGCCCAGAACUUAGUGACGAGCUGCACAACGGAACCGAGCGGCUGGGAUUCCAUACGUAUCACUAUGACAACCCCGGACUGUGUCAAUCACUGCCCCUGUCAGACACGCCGCAGGCGCCCUUCUUUUUGACCCAGCCCGGCCAAUCCCCUUUGAGCUACUAUAGCCCCGUUGACAUCCACCCUAACACACCCUGCAGUAACAGACGCCCCUACAGCACACCGGUUUGACACACAUGGACACACACGCACACACUGACGUCACACACGCACUCAUACAAACACUCCUUCUCCCAGGGGAAAGAGUCCCAGAGACAUCCAGAGUACCACCCAUCCAGGGGAGAGAGACACACACUGAACCCACAGACGGAGCCUCCUGAUCGGGACAGAACCACAGACGGACCCAUGUCUGGUGCAGCGGUGUGGAGGUCUGGUCAUCUGGUAAACCCUACAGGGGAGGAGAUGUUGGGUUUGACUAUGGGAGAUUACUACAAAUGAUGGGCGAAGAUAGACUGGAACAGCAACACACUGGUGUUUCUCUCUCUCUCUCUUUCUCUCGAUCUGUCUUUCUCUCCCUCCUUUUCUAUAUUUUUCUCUCCAUCUCUCUCCUCUGCCUGAAAGCUGAUAAUGUGAACGAGGUGACUGACAUGAGGGCUAUAUGUGUUUGUAGGUUUGCUUUACGUCUGGAAUGUCUAAUCACAUUACAUUCAACGACUAAAGCUCAAAGAUGUAUUUUUGUCUUCCAGAGUUUAAAGGAGCAGUAUGUCCCUUGUUGACCCCUCUGACCCUUAGGAAAAAAACACAUGUCAAAUUUGCAGUUUUACACUUGAUUUAAAAAAAUAUAUAUUAUUGUAAGGGGAUAUCCGGAUGCAUUAUAUAUAAUCCUGGCUAAAACAAUGCAAACACUUUAGCCAACGAGGGCAUCUGUUUGUCCAAUUCUAUGAUGUUUCACUUAGCCCUUACCCUGUCCUUCAAAACACAAAACAGAGAUGCUGUACACUCACUAAAAGCUGUUCAUUAUGACACUUGAUAAUAUAGACAAGUAUUGAUAAAAGAGAUGUUUUACUCUUUUCACACAAUGCACUUUCCACUUUUCUCACAGGUUGUGUCCCAAAUGGCACUGUAUACCCUAUACAGGGCCCAUAUGGGUCUGGUCAAAAGUAGUGCCCUAUCUAGGGAACAGAAUGCCAUUUGGGACAACGCCGUGGUCUUCACAUCUUGGUCUUCCUCACUUCCCGUUCCUUUUGUGAUUCUUUGUUAGAGAGUUGAUGGGGAAAUGGACAUCUGUCUGUUCACGUGUUGAUUUACUGGGGGAAAAAACUCAAAAGUUUGUGUUCACUGCUAUGUAGUCACACACUCACACAAAGACACUGCAGCCUGUAGUGUGGCAAUGAAGUUAACUUUAAUAUUGAAUUCACUAAUUCUAUAAUAUAUAUAUUUUUUCUGUUAAAGGUGGACUAUUUCUAUUAAAAAUGACAUCAUCAUUCACAGCAGGGCAACUUCCUGCUUACAGACUAUUUGCACUGUUCGUUGAGACAUGCCCAUAUUGGGAAGAGCCAGUGACAGAUUGGAAUUUUGUUGUUGAUGAUGUCUCUCAACAGGAAGUUGACCCGUGGUGUACGAUGAUGUCAUGUAGCUGAGUCUCCCUUUAAAAUGAACUCUGAAGAUGAAUUCCACGUUUAAUGCACAGUGUUCCUUUUUGAAGAUAAACCAAUAUGUGUAUCUGC